GGUCAUAGUCAUCAUAAAACAUUUACAACUAGAAUCGGCAAUGCAAUUCUUUCAUUAAUAUUUUUAGGACUUUCAUUCUUUUUCAUGGCCUAUGGUAUCGUCCAAAUUUGUGUUGGUGCUGCUGCUCCAUAUGGUAUCACAUCAAGAAAUGCCUGGGUAUUUAUCGUUAAUGGUUUAUUCUGUUUGGUAGUUGGUAGCCAUGGUUUCUUCCUAUUAUUCCACAAGAGAAGUUCCGCAUUCACCCAUUGCAUGUUAAACAUUAUUUUAAUUGUUCAGGCAUUUGUUUUAUUCACAAUUUACUCUGCCCUUCUUAACCGUAACAUUCGUGAAAUUUGUGGUGGUGAAUUUUACAAUAAUCCAUAUUGUCAUCAUGAUAGAGAAGUUUAUUUAGGUAUUGCAUUGGCCAUAUUUUGGGUUAUUAAUAUCACUGUCAUUCCAUUUUCCUUAAUUUGCUCAAUCAUUCAUUUAAGAAGUGUCAAUCGUAAUAAAAAUCAAGAAUCAAUUGAAAAU